AUGUCUAAUUUACACAACCUGGACGGGGAGAAUAGUUACCAAUAUAACUGGCAUGCACAAUAUGAUCCUACAAAAGUUGAUCUAUCGAUAGUGGCUCUUAAAUCACUAGGCCUAGGAAUCUUGAUUCUGGUAAAUUUCACGAUGAUGGUUUUAAGUGCAUGCAAUAUAAUCAAUAGUAGUCCAGCUAUAACGAGAAUAAACGGCUAUUUGAUCUUCGUACUGGUAUUUUAUCUAUUAGAAUUUUUUAGUACUUGUCUUUUUAACAAUAGUGAGACUGAUGAUGAUUCGUUUAUACUUAAUGAUAUUGAUCUACACAUCGUUCAUGUGGUCUCAAUACUCGAAAUACUAGGAAAGACCUGGUUAUUUCCUAGUUUUAUCAUUGAUUUUCCUAUAAUUGGACUAUGUGUUGUUUUUCUUGGCCAGUUUAGUAGAACGUUGGCUAUGUACACUGCCAAAGAAUCAUUCAAUCAUUACAUUCAACGAGAGCAUAUGAAUAAACAUAAAUUGGUAACAUGGGGUAUAUAUAGAUAUUUGAGGCAUCCCAGUUACUUUGGAUUUUUCUGGUGGUUUAUUGGAACACAGUUAUGGCUAGGAAAUUUAGCUGUAUUGGCAUUAGGACUCUUUAAAUUAUGGAAUUUCUUCAACUACAGAAUAAAGUUUGAAGAGAAGUUUCUAAUCAAUUUCUUCGGACAAGACUAUACUGAUUACAAGUCGAAAGCUAGAACUGGAAUUCCAUUUAUCGAGUAG